AUGAGCUCGAAGUUUGCAAAUCGCAGAAAGCCCCGCAAGGUCGGUGGUGAUGACUCAGAGGAGGAGGAUAGUGGUAUUGCACCAGAACCUAUUGUCAAACGGCCAGUCAAGUCAAAGGCCAAACCCAAAUCCAAGUUGAAUCUCUCGUUUGGCGCCGAAGAAACUUCCAUGACCGACGAUGGGGACCGGGAAAGCGAGGUUGUUCUCCCAAAACGACAUGGCCUGGGUCGCAAAGCCAUGGAAAGAAGCGCAUUUCAACGCAACUUGACACCGUCAGGAGGACUCGACACACUCUCCGCCCGAGUGGGUCACGAUCGAGAUCGGCCCAGCUAUAGCCGCGAAUAUUUGAAAGAGCUUCAGAAUUCGACACCCUCCACCCCAAAAGCCAGCACGGAUGAUGAGAAGGACAGGUCGAUUGACGUGGCCGCCAAAUUUGGAGAAGUAAUGGUCGUUUCGGGAUCAUCUGCCAUUCCCAGUGAAGCGGAAAUUCGCGAAAAGAAGGCCCGGCGCGCACGGCUAGCAUUGGAACACGGCUCCGGCAAAGAGGACGAUUUCAUUUCUCUUGAGGAUAAUAUUGGCAGUGAUGACGAUUGGGACGCGAUCGCACGAGGCGAAAAGCUACCAGAAAAAGAGGUGGACACAAGGCUGGUUCGCGAUGAUGAGGACUUUGCUGAAGGGUUCGAUGAAUACGUGGAAGAUGGUAAAAUCUCUCUCGGUCGGAAAGCAGAGCGGGAACAACAGCGCAAGCAACGCGAUGCGAUGCGCGAGCUCAUCGAAGAUGCUGAAACACUCUCCGAUGAUGAGGACUCGGACAUUGAAGAGAAGGCGGCAUAUGAGGCUGCUCAGACGAAAGCAGCCAUAGGUAGCGGCCGAGCUGGUGGCAUUGACAGGCCUCGCACGCCUCCAAAGAUGACUUCAUUGCCCAAGUUAGCCAGCAGCCUCGAAAGACUGCGCACAACUCUUGCAACGAUGGAGACGUCCAAAACGCAGAUGAUCAGCCGAAUGGAAGAUCUGCGUAAGGAAAAGGAAGAGAUCGCUAUGCGGGAGGUAGAAAUCCAAGCUUUGAUAAAAGAAGCGGGUGAUAACUAUGAGCGACUCAAGAAAGAAGCGGGCAUUGACCCUGCCGCUGAUGCAUCAGAAGGUGCGAUGGUGAAGCGUGGCCUAGAAAGCAUCGGUGCUCCCAUGGCAGUGUCCGACUCUAGCUCGGAAGAGCCAUGA